AUGCAUCCUUUUGUCUUCCUGACUGCCCUUUGCUUUGUCUCAGCUACUCUAGAAUUUCAUAAAACUUUAGAUGCACAAUGGAUCCGGUGGAAGGAGACACAUGGGAAGCAGUACGACAUGGUUGAAGAAUGCAGAAGAGGGGUGUGGGAGAAGAACAUGAAAAUGAUUACACAGCACAAUCAAGAAUACUACCAAGGGAAACACAGCUUCUUGAUGGCAAUGAAUGGCUUUGGUGACAUGACCAAUGAAGAAUUCAGGCACAUGAUGAGUGGCCUUAAAAUGCAGAAGAAUGAGACUGGGGAAGUGUUUAAAAUCCCUUUCUGUGCUGGUACUUCUGUACCUGUGGACAAGAAACAAACAGCUGCUAUAAGCCCUACUGAGACCUUUAUAAUUUGUUUUCAGGGUCGGUGUGCUUCUGGCUGGGCUUUUAGUGCAACUGGUGCCCUUGAAGAACAGAUGUUCCGGAAAACUGGCAAACAUGUAUCCCUGAGUGUGCAGAACCUCCUGGAUUGCUCUUGGGCUGAGGGCAAUGAGGGCUGCAAUGGUGGUCUAAUGAGUAAUGCCUUCCAGUAUGUUAGGAACAACGGAGGCCUGGACACAGAAGAAUCCUAUCCAUAUGUUGCAAGAGAUGGACCCUGCAAAUACAGGCCCGAGCAUUCUGCUGCCAAUAUCACUGCCUUUCAGACCAUCCCUCGGAAGGAGAAGAUCCUCAUGAUGAUACUGAGAAAAAUAGGGCCUGUCUCUGCAGCUAUAGAUGCAAGUUUGGAUACCUUCCGGUUCUAUAAACGAGGCAUUUAUUAUGAUCCAAAGUGCAGCAGUGAAGACCUGAAUCACGGUGUCCUGGUGAUUGGCUAUGGCUUUCAAGGAAAAGAAUCAGAUAACAAAAAAUACUGGUUUGUCAAGAACAGCUGGGGCACUGACUGGGGCAUGAAUGGCCACAUAAAAAUAGCCAAAGACCGGAACAACCACUGUGGAAUCACCUCCAUGGCCAGCUUUCCUAUCGUGUGAGAUGGUGGUGAGGAAGAAGGCCUUGACUGGCAACAGAAUCUCCAGAAGCUGAAUUCUACUGUAAAGUUGAUCACAUUUUAUUGUGUUGGGUAUGACACUUGAAUCACUGAAGAUCCAAGUUGUGACUGGAUUCUGUGACUGUUUACACUGCUCUUUAAU